AUGGCGUCUCGCGAUGCCUCCGAGGGCCCCUCGGCUCGUCCCUCUUCCAUACGCACUGCUUCCCACACGCACACUCCUAAAACAACUGCUUCUGGCAGCGACGAUCGAUUAAAAGUCCCCAAAAGAGCUCAUACGUUUGCAAACACCACUCCGGCGAAAGACGGCACUGCAUCUCCUGAUGCCUUCGACACUGCCGAGCAUAGCGAUUCAGACGAUGGAAUUGAAAUAACUCGGGCUUCCAUCGAGCUAGACAUCCUUCCCAUCGAACUUAUAACCUUGACGGAUAGCUUCAUCGAGUCUCUGAAUGCAAAAGUCCAUCCGACUCCUCCCAACAUUGAGAGAUUAUCGCAGAAGUUUCAAGAGUUUUAUACGCAAGCCUCUGCUAACAUAAACACCCAUAUCAACGCCCUUGCCUCAAGACAAAGCCGCGACGUCUCUCCCGCACCAUCCACCUCUUCAAUAUCCUCUGCCGCCAGUCGCCUUCGAUCAAAGGCCAGUGCGCUUACCAAGGCUGAACCAGAGCAGCAAAUGAUCACAUCAGAAGAGCUAGCAAGCCGUAAGAGAACAAGGAAAGCCCUUGAAGCCAAGAGGUCUCUGCUGGAAGAGGCCGUCGAGCGUAGACUGUGUGAAGGUAUCUACGACAAGAUUUACAGGCACCGAAGCACGCAGGAUGAGGCUCAAGAUGACAAACUACGCUCCAAGACUGCCGCCUUGGCCUUGGUCGGUAUUGGGCCUGCUGACCUAGGCAUUGACCUCACCGGCGAGACAGAUGAAUCUGAGGGAAAAGCUGGCCCGACAGUGGAAGAUAUUAAAGAGAAGCUGGAGCCCGCCAGACGAGAUAUUGCCAUGAUGACGCAGAAGCGAUAUCCACUGGGUAAGCUGAAUCAUCUCAAAGCUGCCCAUCGAAGUAUCGUCGACACCCUCGCUCAUUUUCAUCCUUCGGCAUCCGCUGACGAGAUUAUGCCUAUGCUUAUCUACACCCUUAUAACUCUGCCGCCAGAGAACCUACAUGUCAUUAGUGAUGUUCACUUUAUACAGUAUUUUCGAUGGGAGCCGAAGCUUACAGGCGAGGCUGCUUACUGUUUGACAAACCUUGAGGCUGCUAUCAGCUUUCUGCAGACAGUGGAUCUUACAACACUUAGGGCGGAUGAACAGCUUUCCGGUCCAGCAAAGAGCACAAGCCCAAGGACCGAUACUUUUCCUCCCGCUUACCAGCAAGGAGAAAUGCCCUCAUCGGCAAAUAUGCCCGAAACAAGCAAGACCAAGGCUGAGGGGGGAAAGACCUCAGCCUCCGAUGUUAAAGCAUCUGUGGCGUUGCGAAACCGUCGUCUGAGCGAUCUUGUGAACGGGCCUGCACAGGCUUUCGGGGCUGCCAGCGAUGCGGUCUUUAACACAGCCGACCAGAGCUUGAAAAACAUAUCGAACAGCCUGGGAGAUAGUUACAAAUUCCUCGUAGGGAAAUUAAGGGAGCAUCAGGAUAGCCCCCGAGAGUCUAUCACAGUACCUAGGACUCUAGAUGAUGCCCGAAAACUUGUCAGCACGCCCUCCCCGGAUGAGGAGGACAGCAGCGGGCUCAACAGACUCCUUGCACCUGACGACAAUGAUCUUUCGAAGCGCCCAGCCUCUCGCGAAGAACGAGUCCUGAACCUGAUAGGAGGCCGCCGCGACCGCAGUGCUGAUAGUGCUCGAAGUGGUCGCAGUGCGAGCUCUUCAAAGAAAGUAUUGUUCGCUUCUGACGAGCCUAAGACAGCCAACCAAAUUCCGGGGCAGAACCCUGCCGUUCUGGACCAGAUGCGCAACUUAGGCAAUUCUUUUAAUCCUAUGGCUCGACUUCCCAGCAUCAGCAUGAUCCGUGGAUUUGGGCGCAACACCCCAUCAGCCCCUUCAACCCCAGCUGCUAAGGAGCCGGUGAAGCCCGCAGACGGUGGAGAUUUAGGAACAGCAUUCCCUGACAUCGCCGCAGCUCUUCCACCAAAAGAGAUUCCUAGAAUUGCUCCGCCUAACAAACGCUUCAUGGAGAUACAGACUCCUGGGGAACUUAAGCUGGGUGAAGUUCUUGACUUAUUGCGAGAUUACCGUCGUUUGGCUGGCGCAUUGAAGGAUAUUGGUGCUUUUGAGACCAAGUGA